AUGGAUGCGUUCCCAAACCUGCGCAUUGUGUUCAUGACAACAAUGGCCACGCUGGGCAGUGAGGUCCUGUACGACACGCGGGGCCAUGGCGGCGUCUCUGUGAGGCUGACCCGCGCCAGGGUCAGCAGCUGCUGCUCGGGCGACUCGGCCUCGCGACCCGGAGGGCGCCUCCACCGACGCCACCGACGCCACCGCCUGCCCCAGCUGUUUGAGCGUGCCGCCGCCAGCUGGUGGAACCCCAAGUUCGACUCCCUGGAGCUGGAGGCGGCGUGCGAGCAACGCUGCUACCCGCAGACUCGCCGUCGCUUCCGCUAUGCCCUGGCCUACGCGUCGGCCGCGUGCCUCCUUCGUGCCCUUACGUACGCGUUGGACUGGGACGCACGCAGGGCGGCGCGCCUCGCCCCCGCGCUCUCCUUCCUGCUGCUGUGCGCCGGGCUGAUGGCGCUCACCUUCUUGCGUGCGUAUGAGCGGCGGCGCGCCGUGCGCGAAGCGCUCGCCGUGCUCCUCUUCGUGGCUCUGGCUGGUGCCUCCCUGGCGAUGGCGGCGGCGCUCGUGCCCACCCGUCCGUUCCUGCCGCCGGACCUGACGCCCGUGGGCAGUUUCGCGGUGUGCGUCGAGGUGCUGCUGCUGCUGUACACGGCCAUGCCACUGCCGUUGUAUGCGUGCGCGCUGCUCGGGCUCUCCUACUCGGUGCUGUUUGAGGUGGUCGGGCAGCUCUGGAGCACGGGGCUGCUGCUCCCCAACGUCAGUGAAGGUUGGCUAUCACGGGCUCACACGGAGGUGCUGGCAGUCACGGUGGUGGGGAAGGCGUUCCUGCACUUGUGCAUCCACGCCAUAGGUAUCCACAUCUUCAUUAUGUCGCAGGUGCGCUCGCGCAGCACCUUCCUCAAGGUGGGCCAGUCCAUCAUCCACGGCAAGGAGCUGGAGGUAGAGAAGGCGCUCAAGGAGAAGAUGAUCCACGCCGUGAUGCCUCGCAUGAUUGCUGAUGAACUACUGCGGCAGCAGGGGGACGACGACUCCGAGGUGUCACCCCGGCGCUGUGUCGCCCCCGGCUGCCCGGUCGCCGCCGCUUCUGCAGCGGCAGCGGCAGCAGCAGCAAAUUCCUCGGCGUCGGCGCCGACAACCGCUAGCAACCCCGGUCCUCGCAAGAAGAAGAAGGGCUCUAUUCCGCGGGAGCAGCUGCCCUUCCGCCCGUUCACCAUGAAGCGCAUGAGCGAGGUGAGCGUGCUCUUCGCUGACAUCGUCGGCUUCACCAAGAUGAGCGCCAACAAGUCGGCGGCGACGCUCGUGCGCCUCCUCAACGAUCUGUUCGGCCGGUUCGACAAGCUGUGCGAGGUGACGGGCUGCGAGAAGAUCAGCACGCUCGGGGACUGCUACUACUGCGUGGCGGGCUGCCCCGAGCCGCGAACCGACCACGCCGCUUGCUGCGUUGAGAUGGGCCUCGGCAUGAUUGCCGCCAUCGAGCAGUUCUGCCGCGACAACCGCGAGACGGUGGACAUGCGUGUGGGCGUGCACACGGGCACCGUGCUGUGCGGCAUCCUGGGCAUGAAGCGCUUCAAGUUCGACGUGCUCUCCAACGACGUGAACCUCGCCAACAUGAUGGAGCAGCUGGGCGUCGCGGGCAAGGUGCACGUGUCUGAGGCCACCGCGCUGUGCCUGGACGAGCGCUACACCAUGGAGGACGGGCGGCUCUUCGAGCGCAUCGGCCCCAAUGCGGUGCUCGCAGAGCAACUGAAAGGGAUGAAGACUUUCCUCAUCUCUGGCUACCGGGAUGAGGACGCGCGUCCCAGCUGGCGCGAGGGCUCCCAGCCGGUGCUGUCCUCCAGCCAGGGCUGUCUGCUCUACCCGUGGAGCCCACCCUGGGGAGACGAGCCGCUUGCCCUGCAUGCACACCAGGGCGGCUCCCUGCCCUCAAGCCACCUCCUGGAAGACGGCCAGACUCUGGCGGCCGGGGCCCCCGCGGGCCCCACAAUACCAGCAGCGGCCACCGGAGCCGACCAGGACCCCCAGACCGAGGCAGCGCCAGCCACGCGACCCCCCCGGCCGCACUCGGACGGCGCAAACGCACACGGCAGCAAGGCGCCGUGUACGCCCAGUGUCUUUUCAAGCAGCAGCGGUGACGGCGGCGGCGGUGGAGGUGGCGGCGGGGGCGGCUGUGGUGGUGGUGCUGCGAGCAAGGAGAAAGCGGUGGAGGGGCACAAUGGGUGCCAGGACUCCGCGGCCAGCAAGGACCGAGCACUGGUCCCUGAGCCGCCCUGCAAGGGUCCGCCCAAGGUUCACAACGGGCUGCUGGCCGUCAAGGAAGAGGGAAAACUGGCAAACAGCCGCACGUCGCUUGUCGAGACACUGCAGGAGCGCAUGUGCAAGGAGCGCGCGCCCCUGCUGCCCAUCAACAUGCGCUACAAGCACCUGCUGAGGCAGAGCGACAUUCACUUCGUGGAGGUCAUCAAGAGCGAUCGACUUAUGGAGGACUACUUCUUUAAGCCACCCAUCAACAAGCUGAGCUUGCAGUUCCUGGACAAGAACCUGGAGAAGGCGUACCGGGCCAGCUACCAGGAGGAGGUGGCUAACGGGCGGCACGUGGAUACGUUCGCCAACCCCACGUUCAGCUCGCUGCUGGACGUGCUGCUGUCGUCGCUGGUGUUCGUGCUGGCCUCGCUCGCCUGUCUGCUCGUGCUGCCCCCGUGGCCCGAGGUGCCCCUGCUGCCCAUGGUCACCUUCGCCGUUGCCUUCACCCUGCAACUGUUCUGCCUGCUCGUCUCCAUACGGAUGGUGUUCUUCCUGGAACACGUCCUCACGUGCACGCGGCUCGUCAUGGAGUUUGUGUCUGGCUGGAUCCCGCGCCACCUGAUCGGGGCGCUGUACGUGUCUCUGCCGGCCGUCAUGGUGCUCACGCACUUCACCUGCCACCUGGACUCACGGCACACGACUCGCCUGUUCUUCUGCUGCGUCAUGAUCGUGGGUGUCACUCACUACCUCAAUUUCUGCCAGCUGAGCUCGUGGCUGCGCUCCAGCCUGGCGACGGUGGUGGCCGCGCUGCUGCUGCUGCUCAUCUACGUGCCCGUGUGCGGGGACAGGCCCUGGGGCGCCGGCAAUGAGUCCCUGCCGCUGAACGUGAGCGCGCCCGUGGUGUCCGUGCCUCUCGCGACGCUGUCAGCCGCCCAGGGAGGGCACGGCGGCAACAAUGGGAGUGUGCGGGGCUGGGAGCUGGCGGCUGAUCUCCUGCUGCUGGUGCUGCUCAUCUGGUUCCUGAACCGCGAGUUCGAGGUGGCCUACCGCCUCAACUACCACGGCAACGUCGAGGCGGAGUUGCACCAGCGCAAGAUCCAGCACAUGAAGAACCAGGCCGAUCUGCUGCUGCACAACAUCAUCCCCGGGCACGUGGCCGACCAGCUGAAGGUGCAGCCGCACUACUCCAAGAACCACGAGGACGUGGGCGUCAUCUUCGCGAGCAUCGUCAACUUCAGCGAGUUCUACGAGGAGAACUACGAGGGGGGCAAGGAGUGCUACCGCGUGCUGCACGAGCUCAUGUCCGACCUGGACCAGCUGCUGGCGCGCGAACACUACGGGGGCAUCGAGAAGAUCAAGACCAUCGGUGCCACCUACAUGGCGGCGUCGGGACUCAACGUGCCGGAGCCGCGUGCGGGUGAUGCGCACGCGCACCUGCGCACGCUCUUCGAGUUUGCGCGCGACAUGAUGAGCAUUGUAGAGGACUUCAACAAGGACAUGCUGUGGUUCAACUUCCGCCUGCGGAUCGGGUUCAACCACGGGCCGCUCACGGCCGGCGUCAUCGGCACGACCAAGCCGCUGUACGACAUCUGGGGCGAUACGGUGAACAUCGCCAGCCGCAUGGACUCAACGGGCGUCGACUGCCGCAUACAGGUGAGCCAGGAAAGCUACCACGUGCUGUGCGACAUGGGCUACCAGUUCGACUACCGAGGCACGGUCAACGUGAAGGGCAAGGGCCAGAUGAAGACGUACCUGUUCCCGCCCACGGACGGGGGCCACGCCGCGCCGCAGCCUCCGCCGCCGCCGCUGCCGCCGCUGCUGCCCAUGACGCCCGACAUCCACACGCAGGUGGACGGCAGCAUCGGGCGCUCGCCCGCGGAGGAGGAGGCCCACAGCCUCCUGGCGUCGCUGUCGGCGUCCGACGCGUGCAUCAUCACGUUCUCCGAGUCUCCGCCGCGCGGCGGCGGAGGGGGCGGCGACUCCCCCCGUCGCGCGCUGGCGGGGGGCGUGCGCGGCCAGCGCGCCUCGUCGCUCUCGAGCUUGCCGCACGGCGCAGGUCCCCGCGGGCGCCGCCGUGGCUACGCGAGGCCGCCCAUCUCCGCCGCCGCCGCCGCCCUCGCGUUCUCCGCGCCGCCUCCUCCCGCCCACAACGGCGUGGGUGCCGACGCGCGCCCCGCCGAGAAGGGGCUGCGGACUCGCAGUCGCACGAGGGAGGACGGCGGCAGAGAAGGCGGCGGCGGCGGAGACUGCCAGAGCGAUUUGGACGAUGGGGGUGGCGCAGUGAAGGACAGCAGCAGAGCGAGCAGCGGAGUGGACAGCGACGAGGGCAGCGAGGAGGAGGAGGAGGAGCCUCCUCCUCCAGGACCGUGUGGUGGCAGAGAGGGCGGGGGCCUCGUACCGGAGUGUCGGCCCAACGGGGUGGAGUGUCGCUUCCCCGCAGAAGCUGAGCGCGCUGGCAUGUGCAUGCAGGACUCCGUAUGAGGCCCGGCCUGGCACAGAUGGUGGUGGUGGGUGGUGGCUGUCUCCUGAGGUACACAGGACGACUCUUCAGUUAGGGGUCUCCAGCCAAGACUUUCAACUGCUUAAGUGCCUUGCUGAAGGGAAGCCUGUGUUUGCUUAACGUUGUUGUUUUCUCGAAUGGCUGUGUUCUAACGGCAGGGCAGGCGAUUAAAACCCGAAUUUCACAAUUGUGGUGUUGGGAUCUUGGAAAAAACAAGGUGGUGACUUCAUGAAGGGGAAUCAGCAGCUGACUGGAAAUGGUCUCGUUAAUAAUUAUUAUAAUUAUGUAGCUGAAAAUAUACAAAUACGAUUGUUUACACAGUUCAUGUGUAAGUAUUCACCAGGUACAGAAAGUUCUACUCAAGCUUAGGGUGGAACAAGACCCCGUCAAAAGUCAACUUUUAAAAUGACGAAACCUGCCAGUGCUAAACAUUAAUGGAGGAGUUUUCGAGCUUCACCACUAGCAACGUAAAUUACCGUUCCCUCGAAAAAAAAAGAAUCCCUAACCCGAUUAGAGACUAUGAUAGUGACCAUUUAUUUUGCUAAAAAAUCCCAGGGUCACCAUAGCUACGAAGGGGAGCGUUCCCGUGAUAAACAACUUAAGUUAUGGGUACAUUUCGAAUACAACAUUUGAACUUUGUCACGGGCAGAAAAAUUUGCCCAGACUUUCGAACGACGUCGCGGGGUUCUUAACUAUUUCCACCCUUACGUUGUGCAGCGGAGCUUUUAGUGAUUUCCCUGACCGGAGUCUAGUGGCGUCACCUCCUUGGCUUGACGGGGGAGACGUUUGUGCCGCCCGCCGCUGCCCCAUGAAUUAAAACUCGAGGCGCGAGCGCCGCGCAAGUAGCGUGACGCGUGUGCUGGCCCCGAUAGCACCGAGAGGGGCAGGUGCAGCUCGGUGCUUAACGUUGCCGGUGCCCCGUCUGUGUUAAUGCGGAGACGUACGCACACACACACACGCACCAAAGCCUGUGUGCGGAAUGCAGCUUUAAAAGAGAAGGGCAUUUGCGUAAAAAUAUAUGCAUUUUGCGGUCUUAUUAGCCCGUGGAAGUGGACUGUACAUAGUUUACCCAUCGCCGCCUUUUGUGGACGGGAUGCAGUGCAGUAUAAAGGAGCUGUCCGUGGGUGUUUGUGUGUGCGUGUACAUGUGUUCAUAGAUGUGUUUGUGUUGCACUGCAUACAUACAUGCACGUAUGUAUGCGUGUACGUCUGGCGUACUUGUCUUCGCACACAUCUGCGUGUGUGUUCGUCGCGUCUGUACAUACCUACGUGUGUUACGUGUAUAUGUGUGUACAUGUAUUUGCGAAUACGUAUCGGUGUAAGUGUGCACGUCACUGUGUACUUGUACGCGCGCAUCUUUGUACUCCUAUUGAAGCCUCAACAAUUGCGCAAGCCUUUCCCCUAAUGAAAACAGCAAACAGUGCAAAUGUGAGCGGUAGGCCGGCUGCAGCCGCUGAGCAAACGACCAGAGCCAGAGACGCUCCCGUGGGGUUCUGGCUCAGUAACCAAUGUCUGUACCGCGUGUCAGAAUUCACACUUCCGAAGCAAUUGUUCUUUUUUUGUGCGUGUGCGAAAACAAGGCUCGCAGUGGCUUUUUUCCCCCCCCUCCGUGUGCGCCUUAGUGCUAAGCCUCAGCGAGACGAAACGCUUGGACGGGCACGGUGCUGCUGCUGGGACGCAGUGGUGGACCUUGACAUAGCAGAAUUACAGACAGCGGCCGCAGUAGAAUUGAGGAGGCGUCGUCUGCAGAGCUCCGUGAUCGCCAAACACAAGACUUUAUGCAACUUUACGAACCAAGAACUGUUAGUUUUGAACUCUUUUACCAGAAUGCUGCACACAUCGGCCAAAAAAAAAAAUGGUUUGCAGAUCGCGACGCGAACACGUGUACAACCGACCCCGGGCGCUCGCGUGAAUUUGUGGAUUUUUUUUUCGUCCUACAGUCGGGACCCUUUGCUUGACUGCUCAGAGCGUUAACUUGAGGGCAGGUGGGCACCGAGUGGAGAGGGCUCGACUCCUGUAUAAUUGGCCAGGGUCUGGGCCCCCUCUCCCCAUGCAGUCUUCAUCUUGGAAACGAAAUUAUCGAUGGAAAUAUUUGUCAAGGAGGCGUAUUUUAUUUGGGUGAACCGAUGACUACGAGUGGAGAAAAAUCAUCAAGCAUGACUACGGUGACUACGAUUACACCCACCAAAGACCAUCGCUUGACUGCCUUUGAUGAGACGAAAUGAACGAGUCUGAUUGAAGGCACAGACGCAGAUAAUUUAGUAACAUUAUGAGAGACUGCAAUGCAGAAGGAAGACCAAAAAUGGUAAUUGGCUAUGUGUGUAUUUUGAAUGAUUGAGCGAUCUCAUAGUAUUGGGUGGAACAAAUUGCCACGGCCUUCGCGCCAACAUUAAACCAUGAGCCGACUAGACCAAGAGAAUUAUUCAAUGAAAUCCACCUACUUAAACCUGAAUAAAACUCCACAGGUUGCCAUCGACUAGAUACGGAACACGACCAAGAAUAAAAUGCUCUUACAAAAUGAACACUGCUCCUGUGCCCACGUCACACCACACCGCGCACCCCCCAACACCUUGCGUCAGUGCGCAUGACUACACCGGAUCGAUUGGUUGGUGCAUGUCGCGCAAGGGCGCAAGGCGAGACUGGUUUGUGGGCAAAUCCUGGGCCAUGGCGUGAAACCAAUGAUGUCUUAAAUCUCCUGCAUUUUCACUGGAUCUUUGAAUUUUUUUUUUUCUUUUUCAAAUUGCCUCAUCCGGCCGCUUGAAUUUUUAAAAAAAAUUCCCGUAAAGAAGUGAAUUUGUCCUAUCCUUGUACAUUUUUGCGAUUGACUGAAUUGCUAACUUGGGGUUUUUUUUCACUUGCUUUUUUGUUUAAGAAAAAAGUGUGUUGCAUGGUAUUAAAUUUUCUAAUUUGCCAUUUCAUUGGAAGCAACCUUUACUCACGUGCCAUGGUCCACGCCCAGAACGCAAGGCAAUCCUUUUCGGCAGAGGCGUUUCAUUCAGGGGGCGUCGUACGCAUCAUUGCAAGCAAUCAAGCACGAUCAAACGUGGAGGAUACAGUCCAGAUCAGAAAAAUUGCUUCUUUCAUUGUGUACGACUUUUGGAGACUCUAAAACUUUCGAUGGUGACACGGCCAGACAGGCCACUUACCCACAAACCUCUGCUUUGAGCAACCUCCCCCCCCCCCCCCCCCCCCCCAAGUUACAUUUUUGCUCUUAAAGUUCUGCAGCAGCCAAACAAGUGUUUGCCAUAUCUAACAAAAUUCUUAUUUGGAAAAGGAGUUCCGGUUGAUGUCGGCUGCCCCUGUUGAGCGAGUGUGGGGUAGUGGUGCUCUCACGUUAUUCCCCUCGUCGUUUCCGGUGAGCUGCAAUGUUUUUCUUUUGGGUCUCGUGCGCCAGCCGGGUUCAGGACGCAAACGCACUCACGGAAUACUCCAGCCCCCCCUGCCCCCCUGCCCCCCCAGCUGCACCGUGACGUUAAUCUGUGUGGCAUGUGACCACGCACGGCAGGUCUUUGGCUGCAUCAUCACAUGCGAUUGCACAUCCACCGUUCACAAGUUCUGACACUAUUAUGCAAUUCUCUUAAAUGUGUAAUUUAGUAUAUAAAUGUAAAAAGUAAAAAAAUAUAUAUAAAUAUAUCUUAAUGCUUUAAGUAAUAAUAGGAAUCGAUGAUGAAGUAUGUUAAUUGUCACAGUUGCACCUGCCCCCCGGGGGGCUGUCAUUUUGUGAUGUAGCAAUACACGACAGUUUUGGUUUGACACCUUGUACAUUUUGGGAGACGUUCAUCCCAGUCCAUAUGCAGGCAAGAACACUUGUGUUUUUUUAUAAUUGGUUGUUGGUGAAGAUUAUAAAGACACCAGGUGAAUCCAGUAUUGUGUGUGUGUGGCCAGGCUUACCGUGGACGUGAACUGAUCAUUAUGGUGUUAUCCAUGCCACCAAUCCUCCCCCCUGAUAUUCCCAUCGGCUGCGCAGAGAGCAGGGGUAGUAGUAGCCUUGUGCACGGCACUGGGAGAGAGAUGGCGUAAACCGCGUUCGAGGAUGAUCGUCCCAACUAAUUUUAUAUAUGCCCUGCACAUUUUCCCGAAUUUAAAUUUGCAUUACAGCAGGGGGGGGGCCCUUAAGCUUUGUCCUGAACUGUUUUGGGGUCAUGUUCUCUUUUCAUGUUCUCAUUUUUGCCCAUUUUGCUACCGGUGUUGGCUACCCUGUGAAGUUUGGUUUCAUCAUCGGAAUCUGCUACCAAGUGACUCGCCAGGCAUGAAGCAGCUCCGGGUUUAGCGACACAUCUGGACUUCCUUCGCAUUUUCAAAUGUGUGUUUUUUUUCUUUCAUACCAAUUGAAGUGCUUUGUAAUGUCUAAAGGCAAUGAGGGGGGACCUUCUGGUGUGCAAUGUAGGAGCUGCUUCUUUCCGGGAUGUAUUUCCUCUUGGUAUGCACAUUUAUCGGUUUGGAAUUAAACUUUGCUCCGUAACUCACAUACGUAUCAGGAUUGGCUAAAAAGGCUUAAAAGUACAUAACGUGUUUGAAACUUUAAAGAAAAGAUCACCAUGUGCGUUUUCAGCAUAUAGCAUUAAUUUUAGUUUUGUACGCGACAAGGAGGCAUGUAACGAUGCAUCAAUUCCCCGAUUAAAAUCAAGUCGUACCCUUGCGAUAAAUA